AUGGCCGCAAAAGCCCCCUCCAAAAAGGGAACUAAAACGGCACUUUUGAAGGCCCAGGAGGAAGUAUGUGCAGAGAUGGUGUCGACCGCGGGACGCACUGCAAGUGGUCGUCAACUUACAAAAGCUCAUCGAGGAGCAGACCGCCAAAAAGCCUUACAAACGAAGAUGCAGAAGCGCGACUUAAAGGCACUGUGCACUACAUACCAGACACAUCCCGAGGAAUUUGAUAGCGAGCCUGCUGGGCUUCUUAGCGAUGUUGACAGGGAUGAAGACAGCAUGUUUUCGGACCGCUGUGUACCUACAAGACUAUCCAAUCAACAGGCACUCACAUUCAGUAUGAGCAAGACCCCUCCAACUGUCUUGGCCCGAAAACCCACGAGUAAGAUCCGUACGAAGCCACAGAAAGCGCCCUCACCUGUUGUGACUUCGGAUGACAACAGUGACGGUGAGGGCAGCAGCGACAGCCAUGAUUCGAACAAGUUUGUCAAUCGCAUGGACGAGACUGAGAACGGGUCUGAUUAUGGCGCGGACAACACUGCCAAUGAUCAUGAUGAAGUGGCCAAAGCUUCUUCAACACCAGUUGUUGGCACCAAGCGCCAACUGGAGGACUCGGAGGUCCUCAAUACUGACCCGAAGUUCAAGAAAGGUCCAAAUGGAACACGCCAACGGUUAAAGGCUAGCGAUUUCGACGACAUCACUAAGGAUUUGCUCACUACUGCCACGUCUAUCUACCGCUGUCUAGUUGUGACUCGCGCACCUUUUCCAGAGACACUGAUUGUUGAGACGAAGUUAGCAAAGGAUGCCUGGCGUGAGGCGUCUAACAUGGCAGAGCUUACCAUCCAACUUACCCCUUCUCUCGUCAAAAUGAUGACGAGGCGCACAUCACAUGUGCGCGGGGAGCUUAAAACAAAGAUAUCUAUACUCGCCAUCAAGGCAAACCGUGACCUGGCCGAGUCUCUCAAGGAAGGAUCACGUUUUGUUUUCAAGCAGCCGAUGAUGUUAUAUAGAUGUAUCCUAAGUGGACUAUAG